AUGCACCAACCCAUCUGGACACUGGGCCACGGUCUGUGGAUUGCGACAACUGCAACCGCAUCACCACCCGCCAACCUAUUGGCACAACCAGCGUACACACCCAUCAACGCCAGAGCACAGUGCAAAGGAAACGCUCCACCCACGGCACGCCACGCCACGCCACGACAAGGGACGGCACUCCCCCUAGCCACUGCUAUUGGGCACAGUGAUAGUUUGCAAGCCGACGCUCGGACAGACGUGGCCACAGGCAAGCCUAUGGCCACAAUAUGCGUUCAAGAUGUCGAUGUUCAAAGCAGUCUGCGAUUCACAUUAAUUCACACAGUUGGCUGCACUCUUCAUCGACGUACGAGACAAACUGCCAACCGCACAGCUUACAAGGAGCAGCAGUCCUGA